AUGUCACUCCUCACUAAUGGUGGCAGAAUCGUGCCCAUACUUACGGGCUCUGAUUCUCAUCCCACUGAGAAGCCUGCGUUGUUAGACUCAUCUCUUCCUCCAAUACCUCCUUCUCCUUCUUCAAUCUCUUCCCCACAAACCAUGCCCCUGUUGCAGGACCAGCAAGCUUGCAAGCAACCCAAGCCCAUGCACCACGCGAGCUUGGAGAUGGCCUCUCUUCAAGAGAGAGGCCUCUAUGCACUUCCCACCGAGGGAGACGGUAAUUGUCUCUAUUACUCACUCUCCGACCAACUGUAUGGCGACACCCACCAUGCAGACGAAAUCCGCCAGCUUCUAGCCAAUCACAUGGCUUCCAAUAAAGAUUACUUCAUGCAAUUCGUCGUUGCUGAAGGUGGGGAGCGCCGCCGCCCUAAGCGUGCGGCCGCAUCAGCAUAUGCUACUCGCUCUGCUGAUGUCUCCGCUCCGUCCCAGGAGGAUAUGGAACGGCGGUUCCAGGAAAUGAUUGCUACUACCCGCAAAAACGGGGAAUGGGGCAGCUCUGAGCAUCUGCAGGCAUUCUGCCAGGCCUUCAAGGUCGACUUGAAUGUAUACACAAUGGAUGGUGUUUCGGUGUUCCAGGAUGUCAAUGCCCUCCCAACUCAACCUAGGGAUGUUCUGCAUGUAGCCUUCCAUGAUUUUAAACACUACUCUUCAGUGCGGAAUAUCGAGGGCAAGCAUGAAGGACUACUUACCAAGCUCAUGCCUUUUCAACCUAUCAAGGAGGAGGAGAGGAUGAAGUCUGAAGUCGUUCCAGACUCCAAAUCCGACAUCGAUAGUGACCAACUCAUCUCACCAGAAGAGAAAACUGGUAGUGGUUAUCUAGCCGACGAUGCUGGCCUUGCUGGGUUGGGGGGCCGAUAUGACCGGGAGACCAUUGUGGACAUGCUCCAGCGAUGUCGUGGCGACAUUGACCGCGCCUUUGCCGCGCUCUUGGAUGAGAAGACCGACGUCCCAUUUGAUAAAAAAGCUGCUCCCGGGAUUCCUGUAAAGCCAAGCUUGCAGGCCUCGCGCUCUUCUUCUCCAUUCAGUACGGGUAGCAAGCGGUCCGCGGAGGACAGUGACGAUUCCGAAGAUCCUCGUCCCGCACGACGCACCCGUCCUAGGAAACGCCUCGUCUCAAAUCUUACCUUGGGCGUUGGUAUCUCAUUCAGGGAUGAACAUGACGAGGUUGUCUCCUUGAAUCUUCGAAUGAACUCCGACGCAGAAGAGAGUCAGGCCACAGACCCUCCCCGGGUAACACUAACCCGGAACAAUCGGACGCGGACGGAAAGAAAUGUCGUCGUAGUAGACGACUUUCCCGCCAACGCCCGACUUGAUUUAUUUGUUUCUUGCUUGUCUCCCGUCUGCGGCUAG